CAGUCCUCUCAGUUUUUCUGUCAGCCGCACUUCAACUUCCUUGUUUGCCCACAAGAACUGUUUCCUCUUUCGCGUUCUGAUGACGUUCUUCUUCGAGGCACGACUUCAGUUCUGUCUCCUGUGUUCACCUGACAAAGACGAUCAAAUCCACACUUCACAAAGUGAUAGGAAUACUGCGUGUUUCUGGCAUCGAGUUGUCUUCUGUUUUACGGACUGACUGAUACGCUUGUCGUGCUGGGCCGAGGAGCAGGGCUGCUUGGAUGCAUCCCUUUGUGUGUGUGUGUGUUUUAUGUGACUGGAUGUGUGUGUGAGAGAAGGAAGAGAGUGAAAUGGUGUACGUAGGUGUGACAGUAAUGCAUUUCGAUAAGCAGUAGCACACACGCUGCGUGUGUCAGGGUGUGUAGGUUUUGUGUGUGUGUGUGCCUGUGCGUGUGUGUUUAUGAUGUCGGGAGACACCAGCACCCUGUCCUGGAGGAGCAUGUCUCCCACCAACCAGUCAGAUUCCUCAGAUGCGUCUCCAACUGCACAAGUCACCAGGGACAGCAUCUUCUCCGUGAAGAUCAUCAAAGUGUGUUUCCUUAGCAACAGCUCUAACAUGGGCAAGAACUUCAAACUGGUCCGCUGUGAGGAAGGCUGGACUGUCAGGACUAUCAUCAAUGCGGUGCUGUCCAGUGGCUGUGUGGGUCCAGACAUAAAAUACAGGCUUUGUUAUGGCCUCCUCCUCAAACACCUCAAGUCCUCGGUGAUACACUGGCUGCACCCAGACCUGACUGUGUCUGAACUGAUCCAUCGCUACGAGCAGCAGCACCUAGAGGCUGAGUGGAGAUAUGAUCUGAGGAUCAGAUACAUCCCGUCAGACUUCAUGGAGAAAUUUAAAGACGACAGAACCACUAUGCUCUACUUUUACCUGCAGGUACGAAGUGACUAUAUGCAGCAGUAUGCCUCGAAGGUCAGCGAUGGGAUGGCUCUGCAGCUCGGAUGUCUGGAAAUCAGGAGAUUCUACAAAGACAUGAAUCCAAAUGGACUGGAGAAAAAGUCCAACUUUGAACUGUUAGAGAAGGACGUGGGGCUGGACCUGUUCUUUCCCAGAGAGCUGAUCAACAGCAUGAAGCCUAAGCAUUUACGUCGGCUGAUCCAGCAGACAUUCCAGGGGUACUCCACUCUGAAGCAGGACCAGUGCAUCAGCAGGUUCUUCACCACUCUGGCUCAAUGCUACAGCUUCACACAGGAGAGCUUCGCAUGCCAGCUGGUGCACAGUUGGAACCUAACGAUAGAGCUGGUCAUCGGCCCUGAAGGCAUCAGCCAGCAAAAUGAAAACUCCACACCCAUCUGUUUGGCCACGCCCUCUCAGGUGUGCAGUAUCUCCUGCUCUGCAGAGAAUGACAGUCGGGCUCUGCUCACCGUAAACAUAGAGGGAGCCAAACAGUCGCUGUCAGUGAACACGUCCUCUCUGGCUAUGGCAGAAAACAUGGCCGACUUGAUCGAUGGCUACUGUCGGCUGGAAGCUGGCUCCGAGAGCUCACGCAUUAUCCGGCCAAACACAAGGAGAAACACGAGACACAAACUUCCUGACAUCCCAAAACAUGGUGGAUCCAGUGGCCCUGACAACGGUUCGGAUAUUUAUGCUGAAAUUCCAGAGGACACAGCUGCCUCUGACAAGCACAGAAUCUCCAGAGAUGACCUCGUUGUGGGUCGGAUCCUGGGCGAGGGAUUCUUCGGAGAGGUUCACGAAGGAGUAUAUAAAAGCCCCACAGGAGAGAGGAUCAGUGUGGCCAUCAAAACGUGUAAGGACUGCUCAGCUGAUGUGAAGGAAAAAUUUCUCAGUGAAGCAGGCUUGAUGAAACAUUUGGAUCAUCCCCACAUUGUGCGUCUGAUCGGAGUCAUUGAGGUCGAUCCUGUCUGGAUAGUCAUGGAGCUCUACAAACACGGAGAGCUGGGGAAUUAUCUGGUGGAGCAGCAGUACAUCCUGACCAGUGACACAUUAAUCCUGUAUUGUCUGCAAAUCUGCAAAGCCUUGGCUUACCUGGAGGGGCUCAAUAUGGUGCACAGAGAUAUCGCGGUGAGAAACGUCCUUGUGGCAGCGCCCGACCUUGUCAAGCUUGGUGACUUUGGCCUUUCUCGCUACGUUGACGAACAAGAAUAUUAUAAAGCCUCAGUCAGUCGAUUACCUAUCAAAUGGAUGGCACCCGAGUCCAUCAACUUCAGACGCUUUACCACAGCUAGUGAUGUCUGGAUGUUUGGUGUGUGUGUGUGGGAGACCUUCUCGAUGGCGCAACAGCCGUUUUUUUGGCUGGAAAACGGGCAGGUGAUCAACCAUUUGGAGUCAGGAGUUCGACUCCCCAAACCACAGCUAUGCCCGCCGCCCAUAUACUCCCUGCUCAACCACUGCUGGGCCUAUGAGCCGCAAGCCCGUCCCAGCUUCAGCCAGCUGGUCUGCUCCCUGAGCGAGAUCCACAGGAUGGCGUUGGAGCAGGAGGCGGGUGUGAGGCGAAACAGACAGCGCCCUGUCUCAUCAAUGCUUGAUCCUCCUCUUACAGAGCCUCCACCCAAGCCAUCCAGACAAGGCAACACCCUUCCACGGAUUACGCACACACAGAGAACUGACAGCAGAGAUAGCAGGCCACCGUGGGAGCAAGAGAGAGAGAAAGUGGAGGACACUUUACAAAGACAAAGGAGGGAGAUGUUGAUGGAUAAAGAGUGGCUUGAACAGGAGGAGAAACAACUGCCCCACGAGCUGGUGUCCAGAUCCCUAGAAAAUGGUCCUCCAGUGAAGCCUCCAAUGCCUCCCGUUGUCACACAGCCUCGGCCCACAGCUGAGCUGGAUCGAUCAGGUGAUCAGGUUUACACUGGCGUCAUGGCGAUGGUGAAACAGGUGGUCCAGCUGAAGAAUGAUGUCAACAGAAUGCCCGCCUCUGAGUAUCCCAGUGCUGUCAAAGCGGUUGGUAUCACUCUCCGUAGCCUGAUUCAAAGUGUUGAUGAGAUCCUGCCCUCUCUGCACUGCUCUGUCACCACAGAGAUUGAGGGCACUAAGAAACUCCUGAACAAGGACUUAGGGGACCUGAUUAAUAAGAUGCGACUGGCCCAGCAGAACGCCGUCACGUCGCUGAAGGAGGAGUGUCAGCGGCAGAUGCUGGCGGCCGCUCACACUCUGGCCCUGGACUCCAAAAACCUGCUGGAUGCUGUGGACCAGGCUCGAGUCCGGGCCAACUUGGCCAAUCCCAAACCUGCCUCGGACAAUGCAGAGGACGGCGGGGAACGAGGAGAAUAAAGUUCCCUGUGGAUUGACCUCCGUGAAGAAGCGCGAUGCUUCCUCUGCUCUUGCUGAUGAAAGACUUCAUCGUGUAUUUUCUCUGAAAAGAUGAAACCUAUUUAGGCUAAACUGAGCAUUUCCUGAAGCUGAAAUCAGACAACCACAAUGUAUAAAAGCAAUAAAGUUUAUAUUGUUUUAUCUUUUUUAUUCUUUUUACUGUUUUUACCAUUAAAGACAAACAGACUCUGCACUUUC